AUGCCGAGCGCACGAACGAAUUUGGGCCCUCUCACGACCGAAUGGAAGUAUCCGGAUCGAUGUACUAUACCCGUCACCGACUGCACAACAUGCACGAACGGUUGGCAAGGCCAGACGUGCGGGAAUAACAGGGACAACACGCAAGGCGUGCUCGACGAUACAGACUGCUGGCCGCCGCGGCAAUCAUCAAUCGCCGCUGGAAAUGCUGUGAAUGGCUGGGGCUUCUACUCUCCCGCGUUCGACUGUCCCAAAGGUUACGAAGCGGCGUGUACCGCGACAGGUCCUGAGACUGGAAACUUCAAUUUUCAGUUCUCGAUACAAGAUGAUGAGAGGGUGAUAGGAUGCUGUCCAUCAAGUGGAUAUACAUGCGCGCAACCUGGAGGGCCACAGACAUGCACAACCAUCGCGUCUAGAGGGUCGUUACAAGUUGCAUCAUGCUCAAAACAAAAGACUCUUCUUAACUGGCUCACCCUACCAGCGACAGUGACAGAUGAAACAAGCACAGUGUCUUUAGAUGGAAUUACCAUCUUUGCACCAAUGUUCCAGCUCAACUAUCGAGAAAAGGAUCUGUCUUUGUCAUCGGGAUCAACAAGAUCAACGACAACAGUGUCAGUACCGGCAGAGACUGGUACCAGUGCAUCAUCAUCAGACGGGUCUUCCAGCGGCGGACUAUCAACAGGUGCUCAGGCUGGUAUUGGAGUCGGAGUUGGUGUUGUUGGACUUGCGAUUAUUGGAGCGGCGUUUUAUCUUUGGAGAAGAAGGAAGAGGGCUACACCAACGGCUGAGCUGGAGACGAAGGAGGAAACGAAGAAUGCGGGAUCAGUCUUGACUUAUGGAUCGCCGCCGCCACAGUACCCUCCGGUGGAGCUUGAUGCUACGAAUUCUAGGCAUGAGAUGUGA